AUGGAGCCAUUCUGCCAGUACACCCAUAUGGAUCCUGAGGCCCCAGCAAACCUAGCUGUGGUGGCCAUGGCUUUUAUCAAUCAGUCUGCUCCCGACAUUUGGAGAAAAUUUCAGAAAUUAGAACGUCUAGGAGAAAAGAGCCUCCAAGAUCUAGUGAUUGUGGCAGAAAGGGUAUAUAGCAACAGGGAAAGUGUAGAGGACAAACGGAUAAGAGCUGAGAGGAGACAAAACCAGGGCUUGGCCGAGAUCCUACUCGCGGCAACUGCAGAAUCGGAGGACCAGAGAAGACGCCUCACCUCAAGCAGGGACACUGGGGCUCAACAUUCUGUGCUCCAGCAACCAGCUGGCCCCCUGUCAAACAAGACAUCAUGGGUCCAGGGGGCCACAGGGAUGAAGCAGUAUCCAUGGACUACCCGAAGAAUGGUGGACCUUGGUGUAGGCUGGGUAUCCCACUCCUUUAUGGUCAUCCCAGACUGCCUGCUAGGCCCCAAUCUGCUGACCAAGCUGGGAGCUCAGAUUCAUUUUUCGGCCGAAGGGACUAGGGAAUUAGACCAGGCUGGGCAGCCAAUACAUGUACUCACUUUGGGGCUGAUGGACGGAUAUCGCCUGCAUGAGGCGCCACUGACACCAGAUGCAGGGAUCCAACCUUGGCUCCAGCAGUUCCCAUCAGCGUGGGCUGAGACUGGAGGCAUGGGGUUAGCAAAGCAUAGGCCCACGGUGUUCAUGGAACUGAAGCCUGAGGCAGACCUGGCCCGGGUCCGCCAAUACCCCAUGUCCCUGGGAGCCAAAAAGGGCAACAACCUAGCAGACCAAGCAGCCAAGCAAGCUGCUCUUAGGGCCAAUCAUACCCUGGCCGUUACCCUGGUUGACCCUGGAGACCCUACUCUCCCUAAAGUCCCCUAA